AUGGAUGCCAAAGCAAUGAGAGAUGCCAAUCGAUCACUGCUGGCUGAUGCUGAUGCCUAUGGCCCAUUGCUGGUCCACCAAGAUGUUGUAUGCAUGGAUGGUAGCACUGUGAAAGUGCAGUUUGUGAACCUGUGUUCUUUCCUGCAUUUUGCUUACAAGCAAGGAGGCAGCUGGUAUAAUUGCAUGAAGACUUUGCUGGAGUCCAAUGCUGCUCCUCUUGGCCUCUGCCUUUAUUGCGAUGAAGUUUGCCCUGGCAACCCUCUUGCUGCAAACCCUUCCCGAAAAUGCUGGGUGGUCUAUGCUGGAUUCAAAGAAAUGGGUCCCCUGUUGAGCAAUGAGAAUGCAUGGAUUACAUUGUGCAUUGUGCGAAGCAGUAUAGUUGCAGAAGUGGAGGCCAACAUUUCCCAGAUCAUCAAGAAGAUAGUAUUUUUGAUUUUCCUCAACCCUUGGUGUGACGUGCAGGACCUUGGCAUUGCCUUGCAACCUCCAAGAGAGCAUGCUGGUGAGCAGGGCAAGAGACUGAGGCUGUCUUUGCGAUUGUUUAUCCAAGAUGGCCAGGCCCAGAAAAUGACAUGGAGUGUCAAGGGCGACUCUGGGAGCAGAUUUUGCAGCCUUUGCUCCAAUUGCUUCACAAGCAAGGGCUUGGAGGAGGAUGACGAAGCUAUGAGCUCGGCUUGCGAGUUUACUCGGCAUGCACAGCUGGUGCAGCAUUCUUCUGAAGAAAUGCUGGAAUGGAAGCAGUGGCAGCAGGCAACUGGUGUCACAUUUUCUCCCGAAGCUUUGCUGGCAUGUGCAGAGUUGAGGGGCCUUUUGGCACCGACCAAGCAGUGGAUGCACGACUACAUGCAUGCUGUGCUCUCCAAUGGUUUGCUCUCUUAUGGCACCUUUUAUUUGUUGCAGGAGUUGGAUUGCUGGACCACCUUCUUCGAGUAUAGCAAGUUUUGGCAAUUGCCUAAGCAGUUUGCCUCUGUGUCAAUCAGCCAGCUCUUCGAAAGCAAGCGAGUGGCCAAGCACAAGAACUCAGGCAAACUGAAUUGCCAAGCAUCAGAGCUUUUGUCUGUGCUCCCUGUGCUGGCACACUUUCUCCAAAAGGUCUGCAGGGAGCAAUCUGCAGGGACUCAGGCUUGGCUGGCAAUGGUUGCUUUGUUGGAAGUCAUUCACUCUAGCUGCAGUGGCAAAGUCACAUCAAACCUGGUAUUCCACUUGGUGGAAGAUGCAUUGGGCAAAUGGAAAGAUGCUGGCUGGCCUUUUAGGAAAAAGAAUCAUUGGUUGCUGCAUUUCCAGCAGAGCUUCCAAGACCAUGGGGUUUUAAUAAGCUGCUUUAGCAUGGAGAGGAAGCACAAGAUGAUCACUCGAAAAACUUCGCUGGUGCACAACACAACUGCAUUUGAGACGUCAGCUAUGGAAGAAGUUGCCACUGGUGAGCUGCAAACAUUGGCCGAGGACGGCAUGCUGGAUGCUGACAUCAAGUUGCUGCAGACCAAGAAGCCUGGACCCAAAGACAAAGAGUUCAUCCUGAAGCUGUGGCCUUCGGCAAGUCAUUCGGUGCUGGCUGCUACUUCUGCGAGGUGCCAGGACGGUGCAGUCAGUGUUGGAGAUGUGGCUUUGUUCUACGAUCCUCGAGCGAAAUGGGCAUGUGGCCGCAUCAAAAAGCAUUUCCAGCAUGGUGCAGAGAGCAGGACAGUGCUGGAAUCUUUUUGCCUCCUGGAACAGCAUGGCCAUUAUGCUGUCUGGAAUUCUGGGGCUGGCGAUGUUGCGAUUCCUCUGCAACAAAUUUUUACAGCUGUCACAUAUGCCAAAGAUGCUGGGAAGAUUGUGACUUUGGUGCCCUGGAGGUGGAGGUGA